AUGGAUUCUGAUGAUUACAGAGCAGUAUACAAGACUCUUGAAAUGAAUUACAAUAAAAAUUCACUUAUUAUAUUUCAUAAAAUAGAAGAAAAAUACAAAAAUGAAUACUCAGAGCCAUAUUAUUUAUUGAGAAAAAUAAAAUCUAAAUUCUUUCAUAAUGAAUAGCAUUUCCAAUCAAUAUUUAGUUUGAAAUUAUUUAACAUACUCUAACCACAUGAUAAAAUAAUCUAAAAUGAAGAUAUUCUAAUUAUAAUAAAAGAUUGGUCACAAUAUCGCUUGAAUGAACAAAUUUUGAAUCAAUUAAAUCCAAAAGUUAUACAAAGUAUAUUACUAUAAAUUGCUAUAAGUAAUUGAUUUAUUAUAACUUAUAACUUAGCUUUAAAUGAUUUAAGUUUAAAGAAUAUAACAUGGAAUCUUUAUUCUAUUAAGUAAUUGUAUUUGAUUGAAGAAUGUAUAUUUUUAUAAGCAGUUGAUCUAGAUGAUAAUCAUUUUUCUAUGAAUAUUACAAAUCUUGAAAUAUUUAAAAAUUUCGCAUCUAGAUAUUUUUAACAAUACAAAUAAUUUAUAGAAUAAGAUAGUUUUGAAAAAAUAAUUAAAUCUUUAUUAUCCUUAAAUUAAGCUUUUGUAAUAAAUUAAUAGAAUCAUUUUGGAUUACUUAAUUUCUUUAAAAUUCAAUAAGUUGCAUCCUCUAAGGGAUUUGAGGAUGUAUAUACAAUUGAAUUUGUAACACCAAAAGUUUUUGAAAUUGUUUUUAAAAUUAAAGCAAAGACUAUCUUAUACAAAAGUUUUGAUCAAUCUAGAUUUAAUAAAUAAUAAUUAUUAGAAUAUUAAAAAAGAAAGAUUUAAAUAUCAGAAAAAUUGUCUGAUUGUAAAAAUAUAGUUAUAAAUUUUUCUUAUUUAACAUUGUUUGAUUAAACUUUUUUUUUUGAAGUAAAAUUCGUUAUGAACCUUUUAAGUGCUUAAAGUAAAAUAAAUAGCUAAUAAAUCAAUAAUAAAUAAUAUUAAAAGCUAGCUGUUAAAAUUUUAAAACAAAUAAUUAGUGGUAAACUAUUAUUUCUAUAAUCUAGGAAUUUAGGCAUUCCACUCAUUAGGUUUUAUGCACAGAAACAUUUCUCCAUCAUCUAUAUAUUUAGAUGAUGAAAAUUUGUUGAGUGCUAAUUUUUAUCUUGGAGAUUUUGAAAAAGCUAAAGAAUAAGAUUUGAAUCAAGGCACUCAAUAAGGUGAUUAAUAUUUAUAUCUCCCUCCAGAAAGUAUGGAGAAAUUUACAAUAAAAUCUGAUAUUUACGUUUAUGGAUUAGUUUCUUUAUUAAUAUUAAAUAGAGGAUAAGCUUUAUUUUAGUUUGGCUUUUUAGAUUAGACUGAAAGAUAAGAAAAUUUUAGUGUCAAAACUAUUGAGAAAAAACUUUUAGAGAAUGGAUUUGACUACAAUAAUAAACUAAUAUCAUUAAUCUCAUAGUGUUUGUAAAAUGAUUAAGAGUAAAGACCUGAAACUGAAGAGUUGUUCAAAUAAAUAUAAUAAAUAUAUCGAAAUGAUAGGAUCAAAAUUAUGUAUAUAUAUUUUUAUAUUUCAGUCAAAAAUAAGAAAUUCUCUAGAAGUGA